CUCAGGACGGGUGAACGGGCCGGGCCACCAGCCAGCUCCAUGGACAGGGUCUUUGCCUCUGCUCCCCGGCCAGCUCUGAGAAGGAAAGAAGCGACCACUGUGUGGACUUGCCCCGAGGGGCCCCUUCCGCCUGCUACCCUUUCAGAGGCAGAGAAGGUCACUGGCCCUUGGCUUGACUGUGGAAGAAAGGACGGGAAGAUCCCAAGACAUUUCCCCAGAAGAUACUAGAGGGCUCUGUAGAGAAGUCUCCGGGUUGGGACUUUACCCUCUGGGUACAUCCCUGUGGACACUGGCUGGUGCCGGUGCUGCAGCCAAACUCCAGUGGAAACCUCAGUCCCCUCUGAAGCUUUCACUUCCCCCACCCCCAGCUGGAAGGAACAUCCUAGGGCCCUCUCAUUCCAGAUGUUCCAACUGUGUCUUCUCCACGGCCCCUUGACGGUGCCCCCUGAAAGGCCAUCUACUGGCUGGACGCACAAGGAAACCGAGAUGGGGAUUGGUCCCCAGUUGGUCGAGAAGAGCCGGGGAUGGAGGCCGGGAGAUGAGAGUCCUGCCCCUUCGCCCCUUUCCCCAGCCCUGUCCUUCCUCCUCCUCCUGCCACUGGCCAGUGCACUUCAGCCCACUCCACUGCCCUUUCCAGAGCUGAGGCUGGUGGGGGGCCCGAGCCGCUGCCGGGGGCGCCUGGAGGUCCUACAUGGUGGCUCCUGGGGCAGCGUCUGUGAUGAUGACUGGGACGUGGUGGACGCCAACGUGGUGUGUCGCCAGCUGGGCUGCGGCCUGGCGCUGCCUGUGCCCCGGCCCCUAGCUUUUGGCCAGGGCCGGGGCCCCAUCCUGCUGGACAACGUGGAGUGCCGGGGGCAGGAAGCGGCGCUGAGCGAGUGCGGCAGUCGGGGCUGGGGCGUCCACAACUGCUUUCACUAUGAGGACGUGGCUGUCCUGUGUGAUGAGUUCUUGCCCACUCAGCCCCCAACGAGGAAGGUGCUAACCAUCCCGGCUGUCCCCACCGAUGCCCAGAAUGGGAAAGGUGAAGGAAGCGUGCGCCUGGCGGGGGGCACCGGCCCAUGUCAGGGCCGAGUGGAGAUCCUGCACGGCGGCCUGUGGGGCACUGUGUGCGAUGACGACUGGGGGCUGCCGGACGCCGCGGUGGUCUGCCGCCAGCUGGGCUGCGGGGGAGCCCUGGCAGCCACCACCAACGCCUUCUUUGGCUACGGCACUGGGCACAUCAUGCUGGACAACGUGCACUGCGAAGGAGGCGAGCCCCGCUUAGCAACCUGCCUGAGCCUGGGCUGGGGCGUGCACAACUGCGGCCACCACGAGGACGCCGGCGUGCUCUGCGCAGUGCUAAAUCCCACUCUCACCGCCCUGCCGCCCUCGGCCACAAGAGAGGACUGGGCUUGGCACACAGACCCACUGGCUACCGGUGCCCUGCCUUCUAAGGAGUCCACACAGCUCACCACAAGCACCUGGGCUGUGGCCAAGAAAAGCGGGCGGCUGCGGCUGGUGGGCGGCCCGGGCCCGUGCCGCGGCCGCGUGGAGGUGUUGCACGCCGGGGGCUGGGGCACCGUGUGCGACGACGACUGGGACUUUGCGGACGCGCGUGUGGCCUGCCGCGAGGCGGGUUGCGGCCCCGCGCUGGGCGCCACGGGCCUUGGCCACUUCGGCUACGGCCGCGGCCCCGUGCUGCUGGACAACGUGGGCUGCGCCGGCACCGAGACCCGCCUGAGCGACUGCUUCCACCUGGGCUGGGGCCAGCACAACUGCGGCCACCACGAGGACGCGGGCGCGCUCUGCGCAGGCCCAGAGGAGCUGGGGCUGCAAGCCCAGCAAGAUGGUUCUGAGACCACCCCAGUGCCCACUCCUCGACCCAGAGACGGGCAUCUGCGUCUGGCUAGCGGAGCCCACCGGUGUGAGGGACGUGUGGAGCUCUUCCUGGGCCAGCGGUGGGGCACCGUCUGCGAUGAUGCCUGGGACCUUCGGGCAGCCGGCGUCCUGUGCCGCCAGCUGGGCUGUGGCCAGGCCCUGGCGGCCCCGGGCGAGGCCCACUUUGGCCCAGGCCGAGGCCCCAUCCUCCUGGACAACGUCAAGUGCCACGGGGACGAGAGUGCCCUGCUGCUCUGUUCUCACAUCCGCUGGGAUGCCCACAACUGUGACCACAGCGAAGAUGCCAGUGUCCUGUGCCACCUGUCGUGACCAAGCAGCCCUCAUGGAGUGACCACCUCUCUGGGAGUUGGCGGUGGCUGGUUCCUCCUCCUCCAGGAAGCCUUCCCCCUGGGGUGAGGACUACAACUCCAGUGUUCUUCCUCUCCAGACUGUGAGUCCCUGAGGAGAGGGCUCGGGCUCCAGCCCCAUCAACUUGUGUGACCUCAGCCUGUCAUCGCACUCCUGGGUCCCAGUUCAAUGAAAUCCCCCAGGUUCUGCUCAACCCAAAUGGGAAACAGGACAAGGAAAUACACUUCUCACCUCCCUCCUGUGGGGCUCCUUCCUGCCGGGAUGCAGACCCGGAAGACUCAGCGGCUCUCUCCAUCGCCUUCCCUGAUCUUUGGGAUUCCCCACCCACCCACCCAAAAUAGGGAAGGCA